AUGGACCCCGUGAGUCAGCUGGCCUCCGCGGGCACGUUCCGGGCGCUGAAGGAGCCCCUCGCCUUCCUGCGAGCGCUGGAGCUGCUUUUUGCGAUCUUUGCGUUUGCAACAUGCGGUGGCUAUUCCGGAGGCCUGCGGCUGAGUGUGGACUGUGCCAACAAGACGGAAAGUAACCUCAGCAUUGACAUAGCAUUUGCCUACCCAUUCAGGUUACACCAGGUGACGUUUGAAGUGCCCACCUGCGAGGGGAAGGAGCAGCAGAAACUGGCAUUGACUGGUGACUCCUCAUCUUCCGCCGAGUUCUUCGUCACGGUUGCUGUCUUCGCCUUCCUCUACUCCCUGGCUGCCACCGUCGUUUACAUUUUCUUCCAGAACAAGUACCGGGAGAACAACCGGGGCCCGCUCAUUGACUUCAUCGUCACUGUAGUCUUUUCGUUUUUGUGGUUGGUGGGUUCAUCAGCUUGGGCGAAAGGACUGUCUGAUGUCAAGGUCGCGACGGAUCCUAAGGAAGUAUUGUUACUGAUGUCAGCUUGCAAACAGCCAUCCAACAAAUGCAUGGCUGUCCACAGCCCUGUAAUGUCCAGCUUAAACACUUCCGUGGUCUUUGGGUUCUUGAACUUUAUCCUCUGGGCUGGAAACAUCUGGUUUGUUUUCAAGGAGACCGGCUGGCAUUCCUCGGGACAGAGAUAUCUUUCAGACCCAAUGGAAAAGCACUCGAGUAGCUAUAACCAAGGCGGGUACAACCAAGACAGCUAUGGGUCAAGCGGCGGGUAUAGCCAGCAGGCGAGUAUGGGGCCAUCCUCAGAUGAGUUUGGCCAACAGUCCAGUGGCCCCGCUUCUUUUACCAAUCAGAUUUAACAGG